GGCCGGGUCUAUGCGCUCUGCGCCUGCCGGGAAGGGGACGGCGAGGCCCCGGAUGGAGCCAAGAUGGUGGCACUGGCGGUGUCUGGGCUGUCGGCCUUGAAGCGGCUCUAUAGCGUCGCGCUCUUUGUUUCGCAGCUCUACGUGCUCUCGGGCCGCGCAGGUUCCUUGAUGACAACAGAGCACUCGAAACAACAGUUUGUCUCUACAAAAGGUGUAACAUCUCCAAGUACAAAUACUCCAUAUACUAGAGCAACAGAGACUACGGAGAUUCCAUCUUAUGUGAGUAAGUGUCCCAGCAAUGGGCUGUGCAGCAAAUUGCCUCCAGACUGCAUGACAUGUAAAACAAACUUCUCCUGCGUAUAUGGGAAGCCAGCCACUUUUGAUUGCAAGAUUAAGCCACAAAUUCAUUGUGUUGAUCAGAGAAACAAUGAAGUGGAGAACUUCACAAUCAACAUGACUUGCCAGUUUUGCUGGCAGCUUGAACCUACUGAUUAUGUGUGUACCAAUUCUACAAGUUGCAUGACAGUCUCUUGUCCAAGACAACGAUAUAAUGCCACUUGUACAGUGCGUGAUCAUAUUCAUUGUCUAGGUAAUCGUGUCUUUCCUAAGAUGCUUUACUGCAACUGGACUGGAGGCUAUAAAUGGUCUACAGCCUUGGCACUAAGCAUCACCCUUGGUGGAUUUGGAGCAGAUCGCUUCUACUUGGGCCAGUGGAGGGAAGGUCUGGGCAAACUCUUCAGCUUUGGUGGAUUGGGAAUAUGGACACUAAUAGAUGUGCUACUAAUAGGAGUUGGAUACGUGGGGCCUGCAGAUGGAUCUCUCUACAUUUAAGUACACACAAAACAUGCUUCAGCAAAGGAUCAAAUUUGGGAAAGGGCCUAAAACAAGAAUGUAGAAAUUGGUCCUUAAAGGUAGAACUAGGAACACGUUCCCUGUGUGCACAUAUUUUAAUGUACAGUAUCUGUACUUAGCCUGCCUUGAACUAAGGUAAAAUAAAUGAGUGGAUCACUGAACAGUGUUUAUUUGUAAUUAAUUUCCUUUGGCUUGCAAGUACUGUAUUUUUUCUAUGGAAAAAAAGGUUUAAGUUGCACAGCUAAACAAGUUGACUACUGUUCCUGAAGAAAAUAUAAACUAAUUAAAAUAUUAAAUUAAGAAUUGCUUACCUCAUAUUUGUAUGUUAUCUGAAUUUAGCUAUCUAACUAGCAUCCCUAAAUAUGCUAGCAAGAAUUUUUUUCAUGUUUAUGGCAAGAUAAAGUGCUUGUGUAAACCUAAACCUACUUGGGCAAUAUGUAGAUUGCCAAAUAUUGUAAUCUUAAUUACAUGUAGUUGCUCUUCUGCUUUUCACUUUGGGAUAUCACAAACUUAAUUUUUCUGCUGUAAUUGUAAAUUUGUGGCUUUUUAGAAUUAGUAUGCAAUAACACUAAAAAUGUAAUAUCUUAAAUCACUUGACAAGUACACUGCAGGACUCUUUCCAGGGUUAUAGUGUUUCUGCUUGGCCUUGACCUCAGAGAGCAUUUGUAUAUGGCAAAAUUUUUGUGCUCUCAAAAUUACAGGGUCUUAAAAUAAAUCCAAAGAGGAGGUCUGGUAAUGAACUUAUCAGCUGAAGAUUUGGUAACCGUAUUUUCUGAUUGAAAUGUUGUCUGAUGUUUACUUGUACUAACCUUCAGUGACAUUAUGGAAACAUUCUAGAAGUAUGUAACAUUUGUUUUCCGAUUAUUUUUUUUAUUUAAAUGAGGCAAUUCAUAUUUUCAACUUUUUUUUUUCUUAAGUCCUACCUCUCACCUACAUGUCCUCUUUCCAAGGUCCUCUAUAGCAAUCCAGUCUUAAAUUGUGGGGCAAGACUCCUUGGCUUCUGCAGCACUAAACUGCACUACACUGAAAACUGUCAGUUGGAUAAACUUACAUUGAAUUAAAUAUGAUGAAAAUUAA